AAAGCAGACGAAGACCCAGAGAGGCCGAUGGAAAGAUGGCCGACUCGAUGAAAUAUGUGAAGCUGAAGCGGAGUGAAACGUGUGGCUUUGGGUUCUCUAUCCUCGGAGGAGCCGGCUCGGAACUCCCACCAAUCAUAUAUGACAUCAUUGAGGGCUCUCCGGCUGCUAAUUCUUGCCAGCUGGAGAUACUGUGGGAUAAUUCCUCAAUUUUAUUUCUUCUUUCAGUCCUUAAUUGCCUGCGUUUAUCGGCUUCAGAAGUGACGCUAAAAUUAAAAACUGCAGAUGCAGGGAUUCAGCAGCGAGUGCAGCAGUACUUGGCUACUCCAAACAACUCGGAUGUGUUGCGUACUGCCAUAACCCGAGAUGAUUUGCAAGGGGUAAGACACAUCAAGGCCAAGAAAUCAUCGAGCCGAACACCACCAGAGCAAUCAUCAUCCACACCUCCAUCUCUCCCCAGCCCUACACUUUCAGAUGCCUCAGACCGUGCAACCAUCAGCCAUGGCUCAAACCACACGGCAUCUGAGAAUGGUAUACACGUGAAAGAUAGAACUACAGCGGAAAAUGAGCGCAACAAGCAGAAGCCCAAAAAUGAAGCAUACUUGAUGACAGGUGAUCUGAUCUUGAAUCUCUCACGGACUUCCCACGAUCCCAGUUGGCUUCCGCAGCAGAGAACUGUUGAUGAUUUAAGAAAGUCAGGUAGCUGUAGUGUCCCUACGAGUCCUAAUGAAACAUACUUAGGUGGUGGCAGGCUAGCCAAGCAUGAAGUGGGAAGUCCGCAGAGUUUGUGUUCGCCGGUCUCAGCUGACAGUAAUCCUAGCGGUGUGCAAUUUACUUAUCCCCCAACUAGCACGGCAGUGAGAAUAUCCAAGUCUGAGGACCAUUUACAGUAUCAGAAGGAUAAUAUGUGUGCUGUUAACAUAGAGCUUGAUGAUGAUGUUACGUCUUCACUAAACACGCUGCUAGAUACCCGUGAUGACCCCAGUAAUUCCCCUGUCCCCAGUGAGGAGUGUGAUCAUCGCAUUGUGUGGACAUUCAAUGCCCCAACUUCCCCAGGUAGUGUUCAUUCAAGUCAUGACUCUGAUAGCCCAUUGAUUCGGUCACCCUCCCCUACUUCCCCCCAGUCUCCCACCUCCUCCAUGCAGUACUCAUGUAGUGGAGUGUACGAUAAAAUGUGUAGUGGCCGAGAUUCCUUAGGCAGCUCUAACCGAUCAGAGAAUGUGUGCUCUAAUAGCUCUAGCCUAACUAGUCCGGACACUGAUGUGCCUGAUGAACUUGAGUGGGACGAUACAACGCCAACAUUACAAAUCCCUUCUGCUCAUGCCAACGGUUUUGGUGCCAAAGAUUUACUUCCUAAUGGACAUAAUAUGGGGGGUGUAAUGACAACUGAAAGUAGAAGUCUAGUCACUGAUAAAGCCAAAGUAAGGAAACAGGAUGAAAAUCGCAUUGUGAUACGAGUGGAAGGCCCUGACAUGAACAGCUCAAGAAGAAGACCAACGCAGUUAAGCCGAGGCGAUGAGCAGAUACAUCAUGACCCACAGGACAGUUAUGAUGCAUCGUGUGACCCCGACCUGACCCCAACUAACACAAGGCCUCCCACACCUGGGUCAGGCACUCUGUCCCCAGAUACCCUUGCCUACCAGGAGUUGCGUGAAUCUGAGGAUGAAAUUACCUGUCUUUCAGAAGAGGAUGCAGGCAAGACCUCCAUUCGCACCUCAAGUACUACUUCUCCUCCUCUCAGUGAGGAUGAAUCAGAUAUUGACUCCCUACACAGCUUCCACUACAGUCCUAAGGCAGUAGACAUCCCAUCUGCAGUCCGGCUGGCCAAGAGGCUGAUCUCCCUUGAUGGCUUCAAGAAAUCAGAUGUAUCUCGCCAUCUGUCAAAAAACAAUGAAUUCAGUCGGGCAGUUGCAGAGGAAUAUCUGAACUAUUUUGAUUUCCGGGGUGACACCCUGGACAAAGCCCUUCGGAAAUUCCUUGACAAAUUCUGCCUAACUGGUGAGACACAAGAGAGAGAGCGUGUGUUAGUCCAUUUCUCCAGGAGAUAUCUUGACUGCAACCCAGGCACUUUCAACUCCCAAGAUGCUGUUCACACACUCACUUGUGCUUUGAUGCUACUGAACACGGACUUGCAUGGGCAAAGUGUAGGGCGGAAGAUGACUUGCAAUGAAUUCAUCGACAACCUCGCAGAUUUGAAUGAUGGAGAGAAUUUCCCCAGAGAAGUGCUCAAGUCCCUCUAUCAAGCCAUGCGAAGCCAGCCUUUGCAGUGGGCUACAGAUGAUGAUGUUGACACUGAAGGCACUGGGACAUCGAAGACAGGCAGUUCAAGUGGUGAUUCUCAGGGCGUAGUUGUUGGGAGUAACCCAUUCUUAUCUCCACCCACGGGCAAUGGCAUUGUCUACAAAAAGGGCUACAUUAUGCGAAAAUGCUGCACAGACCCCAAUGGAAAAAAGACUGCAUUUGGGAAGCGAUCAUGGAAGAUGUGGUUCUGCGUUGUUCAAGACUUGGUGUUAUAUCUACACAAAGAUGAACAAGGUGCGAGACGCGGCCCACAGCAUGCUCAGUUAGGGCACAAUGCCAUCCGACUUCAUCAUGCUCUUGCAACUAGAGCUCACGAUUAUUCUAAGAAAGAACAUGUAUUCCGAUUACAAACUGCCGAUCAAGCUGAAUAUUUACUACAGACCAGUGAUAGCAAAGAACUCCAAGCCUGGAUAGACACAAUCAACUUGGUGGCAGCCAGCUUGUCUGCCCCACCUCUUCCAGGAGCAGUUGGGUCCCAGCGCAAGUUCCAGCGACCUCUCUUGCCAUGCAGUAUCACCAAACUAAAUUUGACGGAACAGUUGGAGGACCACACAGAGAGGUUAGCUCAACUAGAACGUGAGUUGGAGGACCACAAGGCUCAUCCACCAGAAAAAACAUCUAGAGCUGCCACAGCUUCUAAUUACCGUGAGAAGGAAGCAUACCUUAAUAGUGAGGUGAAGAGAUAUAGGACAUACGUAUAUCUUCUCCGAUCCCGUUUGACAUCGCAGCAGUCUGGCCAGCAAGGAACAAAUGCUGGAAUAGAUGUUGGAGAUCUUCCAGUGUUUGAAGCCCGGCCAGCAGGGGAGGGGGCAGAAGGGGGGGAACGUGGGGCCCGGGUUGUACCGCCACCCAUCCCUGAGCGGGCACGGCCUGGUGACAGCCCUCCCCUGACUGCCAAGUUUUCAACAGAAAGCAAAUCACCCGAAACCUCAUUAGGCAUUACAAGUGAAGGCAGCCAGUUUGCACCAGCGCAGAAUGGGGACGAUGCGCUGACUCUGAAAAGUAACAAAUUGGAGGAAAACAAAAUUGGCGAAUUAGAAGACAGUGUAAGUAAUAAAGGAACUCUCAAGAAGAAGAAUAAAGAAGAGAGAGAGAAAAAGAAGCUGGAGAAAGAAAAUGAGAAGUUUAUGAAAGAAAUUGAACGGAAAGAAAAAGAGGUGGAGAAGAAGGAAAAGGCAAGGGAAAGAAAGGAAAGGGACUUGGAGAAAAAGGAAAAAGAAAAAGAGAAGAAGGACCAAGACAAGAAAGAGAAAGAGCAGCAGCAGAAGGAGAAGAAGCAGAAAGAAAAGGAGAAAAAGAAAUGGGAUCCAAGCCAAGUAGAUAAUGACAAAGAAAUAAAAGAAAAGGAAAACAAGGAACAGGAAGAUAAACAGAAGGAAACACCAGAUGAGGACCCAAGGAUUGGUACUCUUAACAGACUCUCAGCCCUCUUCAAGUUCAGUAAACUCAACAGCAAAAGUGGCCAUAGCGAAGAUGACAACACCAAUAAGAAGGGCCAAUCUGUAAGACCUGCAACAGACCCAGAAGCACCACCUUUACCUCCUAAACCUUCACCCAAUUCUCCGAUAAUGAAAAGCUUAGGAACAAGGUUAGAUAUAUAGGUGAAUCAUAGGGCAUUAUUUUUCUUUUCCUCUUUGAAGCCUAUGCUGAUUUAUAUUGCUUUUAAUUUUCUUUUCUUUUCACUUUUUUCCAGGAAGUAAAACAGUAAUUAUGAAAUACAUUGAUUCUUGUUUAUUUUCUCAGUCCAUGGUGAGGGAGGAUAUGUGCCUAUCACAAACUCAAAGAAAAAAAUUCUCUCUAGGUUUCUGUAGAGUAGAAUUGCUAGAAAAAAUAGAAUAACUUAAUAAAGGGAGUUAUAUUUGUAGUUGACUUAAGGUGCUGCAUGUAACACUGAUAUAAAAGAUGCUCAGCUAUUAUAUAAUAUUAUAUGCAACACUUGAUUUCUUCACAAACUUUUGCCUUCAAUUUGUUGUAUGCUUCUAUAUUUGUAAAGGGAAGAUUUAUUCUUUCUUAUACACCAAUGUCCUUCUUUACAAUUUUGUGGAGAAAGUGGUCUUCCAGUAGCUGUCUUGUGUGCAGUGUGGUCACUACCCUAGUUAGUUAAAGUAUAUCUGGAGUACCUAAUCCAUAGAUGAUAUAUCAUUUAUUUGUUUUACCAUAGAUAUACAUUUUAUAUGUUGUUACUGUUGAAUGCUUUAUUAACAUAGAAUAUGUAUUUAAAAAAGGGAAAGGUCUAUAUUCAUUAGACACUUUUUCAUACUAGAUAAUACCUGAUUGCCAUGUAGUGCUCAGGUUCUCUAGUAUUUCAGGUAGAGAAAUAAAACAAGCAUAAAUUAUAGACAGUGUAUGAGCUUAUCUUCAUUGCAUUAGAAUUCUGUAUUUGUAUGCUUCUUUGUAGUUGCUUGUGUUGGGGUGUGUGUGUGUGUGUGUUUCUUGUUUUUUUGUUACUCUUAUUUAUUUAUUUAUUGCUUUGAUUGUUUUAAGAAGAAAUGUCACAUUGUAGCCACUUUCAUGUUCUAUUAAUUUAGAUGGUUGCCCUCAUCAGACUUAGGGAUCAAUUGCCAUUUAACAGUAUCGAGAACUGUUGUUAGAAAGGACAUUAAAAUCAUUUGCAUAAUACAAGACUGAGCCUCCUGUUCAAGUAUAUAUAUCAUUUGUAAAUCAAAAAAAUUGGAUAACCAGGAUUCAUUUAUAGUUCUAAGCAGAAAGAAGAAUUUGUAAUCAUGUACGUCAGUCUAUUUAACUAGAAUUUGUGAUUCCCAGAACAUUGAACUAUUUCUAGUCUUUCUAAGCAAAUUACGGUACUAGUAUCAUAGUAAUAUGCAUAAUGUACAGAACAAUUGUGAAUGAUUAUCACACUUCUUUUGCAUAUCCAAGGACAAACAGCAUCAUAUUUUAUAUUGCAGAACAUGUAUGUAACAAAAAUUCAAGCUUUUGUAAACAAAAGAGAGAAAUUUAGCUUUGUCACUGUAGUAGCUUCAACCGCAACAUAUGAAUUUAUGUGUGGGUCAUUUUGUAGUUUAUGAAAGAAAUGUAUUUCUGUUUACAGUUUAGGGCAUUGUAUCAAGUCCAGAAACUUUCAGCUCAGGUUUUCAUUAUUUGGCUUUUCAUUUAGUAUUUUGAUCUGUUUAUUUACUGAAUUUAUCCAAGUGGUGAGUGAUCUGCAUGGAAAUGAAAUGUAACUGUGUGUGUAUACUCACAUUACUUCAAGGCCAAAAUAUAUGAAUAUUAUUUGAUUUAGAAAUUAUUUUUUGGGUGCAUUUACUUAAAGAUGUAUAAGCAUUAGUAUUAAUUUGUUUUAAAUCUAUCUGUUUAAGAAAAUUAUGAAAAAUAUAUAUACAUGUAUAUAAAGGUUUACAAGUUUUAGGGUUAAAGCUUAACAAAUCCCCAUUUUUUCUUUAGGUUAUACACAGAUUUUGAAUAUUUAUUGAAUAUCAAAUUUCUGUUGUAUGUAUAAGGCAGUUAUUUUCCUCCAUAAAUCAGCCAAGGUAUUCAAGAUCUUGGUAGAACAUGAGGGCACAGUUAAACAGACUAGCUGAUUUAUUUGUAUCUUCACCUUCAACUUGAUUAUGCUUGUGAUUGGCAAAGCAUAGACAUUUAAUCCAUAUCAGUUCUAUAUAUGUAUUAAACUGCAGAUCCUGCCAUAUAGAAAAUAUUCUAUGUUUAUGGUAUGUUUGUAUGUGCUUGAUUUUGUGUGAAAAGAGUUCAUUAUGUCAAAAUGCAGGAAAAUACAAGAAGGAGUAUGAAAAUUUUCCCAGUUUCAGAUAUUUACUGAUGCUUUGAUAAUUUAAUACUUUGAAUAAUUACACAUCACAUACUGUGAAAUGGUUCAUUCUCACGUGCAUAUGUGUGUGUGUGUGUGUGUGUGUGUGUGUGUGUGUGUGUGUGUGUGUGUGUGUGUGUGUGUGUGUGUGUGUGUGUGUGUGUGUGUGUGUGUGUGUGUGUGUGUGUGUGUGUGUGUGUGUGUGUGGUGUGUGUGUGUGUGUGUGUGCGUGCGUGUGUGUGCGUGUGUGUGUGUGUGUGUGUGUGUUUUUUGUUUGCAUUGUCAUCUGUGUGGAUGUCAAUGCAUGCCUGUAUAUCUACACCCAUACACAUGUGGAUGGAACAUGCAUAUAUAACGUAUGGUGAAGAGUUUUUAAGCUGUUAAUCCUUCCUUCUAAUUAUGAUUUACUUUUUCCACACAUAUAAAGUAACUGAGUAAAAUUUUUACAGGUAGCCUGUAGCUCUGGCAUUAGAUUGUAAUUGCGUAAUGUCAGAAACAUGAUAUGGGCUGAUUUGUUAUUUGUUCUCUUUUAUUUUUGAUGAUACUGAAAAGAAUCAUAGCUUUUGAUUAUAUUAAUUGAUAUUGAAAGUCAUGAAUAAUUACCAGUGUACGUUAUCUUUGCUGGUAAUAGACAACAUGAGUGUUAAGUUAUUAACCAUAUUUAUAAUAUUCAUUAAUAUUUAUUUCCUCACUAUCAUGAUCAUCAUGUUUUAUCAGGAACUUUGUUAAGCUGUAAUUGCUAACAAGUAACUAGUGGGAUCUCACUAGUUACCAACAUUAUUAUUAUCUGCUAUUCAUAAUAUAAAUCACCAACCCAUAUUUCAAAGAAGCACAAACAGCAGAUAAGUUACUAUAUUGAUGCACUCUUCUGUCUUUACAUUAAUUUAUUCACUUGUUAUUUUUGGGCAUUAUAUGUAACAUUGAUAUUGAUAACAUUUCUGUGUUGGUAAAGCAUUUAAUAUUGUAGUUUUGUGAAGAUGCCACACUAGUUGAGAGAGAAUAGGAGAAAGUGACACAAUUUCAUAGAUAAUUUACCUGACCAUGGAGCAAAAAAUAUAUAUAUAAGUUACUGUUUCCCGAUUCAGUAAUUAUCACUCUACUGCCUGUUAAGUUCUUGUGUGAUGGUGCCAUUGAGCAGAAUAUAUGUAAGCUACCCAAAAGAAUGUCCUCUGGGAUUGAGGCAGUAAUGUAACCAUUUUGUGGAAUAACAGUACUUAUUGGAAAAGUUUUACAGGUUAUUUCAUCAAAAGUAAUUGAAAUAUUGUGUUGUACAUUAGGUAUUUAUUGCUGUAAUUAUCAUCGUUCUUUUAUUUGCUUUUUGGAAUAGUCAUAAAGCUUAGACAUUAAUAUUCAUUUAUUCAUUUCUUUUUUAUGUUUGCUAUUGUGAAGUUCUUCCUUUACUUUUAUCAUUUCAGUGUUUUUUUGUUUUGUUUUUUCAUCUUUAUAUUUUUUCUUUAUAUUCUCGUGUUACCUGUUUGUAUAUGAGAUUAGUUUUCAGUAAUAUAUUCCCCUGUUUUUAUUGUCAUUAUUUUUAUAAACUCUAUCAUGGUUUCAAGUGGAAAGAAAUAGGAUACUGUACUUGAUGUGAAUGUGUACUCAUUGGUUAAGAGUGUACAGUUACAGCUUAUACACUGAAAGAUAGGAUCCCACUGUCUGUUUGUGAUAGAACAAAGAGUACCUAUGUAAUUUAAGCUAAAUAUAUGGAAGCUUCUAAAGUAACAUAAGAUUUCUGUGAAACUUCAGAUGGAAAAGGAUUAAGUUGACAGAAUGAUGUCAUCUUUUUGAUUGUUUGAGGUGCUUUGUAUACCUUGUACAAGCUAGUAAAAAAACAACCAUGAAAACUUAAUUUGAUGUGCUCAUUCCUAAGUUUAAACAUUGAACUGUUCAUGCAUAUAUAUUUUUUUCAGGAAGGAUAUACAUAUGGUAGUUGAAAUAGAUGAUUUAACUUUUUAGUUAUUUCUCACUGUGAAAAUUUUGUGAUGUAAAUUUUUCUUUGUAGAAACUAGUUGCAAAUUCAUAUUUCUUUGCUUAUGGUAUUCCCUUUAUUACUAAUUUUUUGUUAGAUCUUUUAGGUGGAGGAUAUUUUUACAUAAAAUUUUUCUUGCAAGGCAGAUUAUUUUAAUGUUUUCUUUCUUUCAAAAUGUUUCAGUAUUACUUUUCAUUUUGUAAUGAUUACUCUUUUGUAGAUCUGUAAUAAUACUGUGUAAAGAUACAGAAUCUUGUACUUUUUUCAGUAAUUAGCUUAGCAGAAAUGUAUAUUCUCAAUACUGAAUUAGAAAAAAAAACAGUUUUUGAGUACACAUCUUAUCAAUUCUAUUGAAUUGAUUUUUGGAUUGAUUUAUGUCUUCAUAAGGAUUCAAAACUGCAUAAACACAUGCAGCUUAGCAGUGCAUGUGGAUAGAUAUGAAAGAUCCUGGCCAGAUCAUUGUUAUUACAUGAUACAGUGAAAAUAUGCAUGCAGUGUAUUGUUUAAAGGUCUGCCACAUGAACACAGUAAUAGUUCGAUAUUUAUAAUAUGUGAGCUAAUUGCAAGCGCUCAAGAAGUUUUCAUUUUCAUAACUUAACUUAAGGUACAUCAUAUUUCCUGUGGAUGUAGUUUUAAAAGAAGUAGAGAACCAGAAAUGGUAGUGUAUCAAAGAUAUCAAAAUAUCUUUCAUAUGAUAAAAAAAAAAGAUCCUGUCACAAUGAGCUUUGCUAAUCACAGUAUCACCCUUUGUGGAGACAAAUGUCGUCAGUUGUUAGUGCCUCGCAUCAGCAUUAUUUUAUAAAAUAGUGUUAUAAUGAAUGAACAAGUAUUAUCAAAGAAUGAAAUAUGGUAUUGGCAAAUUCUUAGAAUACUAAAGAUGAGACAAAAAGUAUUCUGGAAGCAGUGCACGUUAAAGUAAUAGUAGAGUACUUUGUAAAUAUUCUCUCUUUUCUGUGAUCUGCAGUCUAGUCCUUCAAAAUCACAGCAGAUGCAGCAACUUUUUUUUUUCUUCUUCUUUCUUUCUAAUUUUUUUUCUAGCCAAAUAUGUUAGACUGAGGACUCUGGAUUAAAAUGCUGUAUUUUCUACUGUUCCUUUAGAAGAGCAGUAUCUCGGGUGAUAGCCUUAAUAUAUAAUCUCAGCUAUAAGUCUCUCAAGAAGCAGUUAUACAAUCAUAUACCUAAAAGUGAAGAGUUUCAGCAUGUAUUUAUGUCUUGUCAUGAUAUGAAAUGUAUGAUGCUGUUAGGCAUCUCUCAGUGUCUGUGGUUUACAACAAAAAUAAAUAUAGUAAAUGAAGAGUUGAACUUCCCUUCAUGAUCUGCACCACUUAA